AAAGAAAGAGGUAGAGCUAGAGACAAAGAUAGAGGAGGAAGAGGAAAAGGUCACGGGCCAAAGAGGAGCUGAAUCUGGACCUGUGUGAGAAAAGAAAAUAACAGAGAAAGAAAGAGAGAGAGAGACAAAGACGGAGAGAACGUGACCAAGAGAGUGUGAGGAUUCCUGAGGACUCAGCCAGUCAAAGCAUUUCCCGUUUGAUCGAGCCUUCUCCCCCCUAUUGACCAAUCACACUCUUGAACCUAAAUCAACAUGGCCACCCAAGCCACUCUGGAGCUGCCCUUCCGGCCCGACGCCCAUCUGACCGAGGUGAUGCGUCAGCGGGCCCAGUCGCUGCAGCAGCGCGGCGGGAAGCGGCAGGACGGAGAGCGCCUCCUCCGACCACACGAGGCCGUCUACCGCCUGGACUUCUCCCAGCAGGCCUUGCGUUUUGCCCACUGGGGUGUGCGGCUGGCACGCUCAGGUCGCCUCACCGUGACUGCCACCUCACAGCUUUGGACGCCCGACCUCACCCACCUGAUGAACCGUCAGCUGCUGGAGCCGGCGGGGGUGUUCUGGCGAGCUGAGAGUGACGGCGACGACACGCCCAUACACCACUAUGAGGCUGAUGCCCAGGAGUUUGGUGAGCGCAUCGCCGAGAUGGCGAAGGUGAGGAAGAUAAUGUACUUCCUGCUGGCAUUUGAGGAGGGCAUUGGUCCGGAUGCUGUUGAAUGCUCCAUCAGCUUCCAGGUCGACCAGAAGUGAAGACUGUAGGAGGAAAUGGCGGAGGGAGGGCAAGGUACUAGGUGGCCAUUUUUUAUUUAAUCUGACUAUCAUCUGGCCUUAUGAGCAAGUACGUUUGCCAUUUCUCUUUUUGUUGUCUUUCGUCACGAUUUUCCACCACCACCAUUCCUCUUGUUUUUCCAUUUAGAAUUUCACAGUCAUUUUCUACGUAUGCUACUUCUUCUUAAUUAGAGUUAGAGGUAAAGUUAGGGUUAGGGCACGGGUCUCAAAAUGGCAACCUGUGAGCCAAAUUUGGGUGAUUUAAUGUGGCCUGCAGUAGUUGUUAGAAUGUGGUACCACAGGGGAAAGGACACACAAAUCGACCGACCAGAGGGACCACAACCACUCACUUCCUCUUGGGUAGAGGAAGGAUAACACCUCAACACCUCCACUCCCUCGACUCGAUCUCUUCCUUUUUUCCACUCUCUUCUUCCCGUCUUCAAUUUGAACAUAGUAUGACCGGCCUCAAAACAUAACACAAAACCUUUUCGGAUUGCAAUAUGCCCUUUUCUACUGUAGGUAGUUUUUCUGUAAGGAUUCAGGUACUACUAGUGUAUCAAAACACUGGAGCAUUUUGAUUUCUGACGUUGAAAUUACUAUGAAAGAUGCAGUAAGUGCUUCACUUGUGAGUGGACUUUUAAACGCAAGUCUUCAAUAAUUCUUCUUUCAAAUCUUUGUCGAGCGUUCAGAGCCGUACUGUAGCUACAGUCAGUCGAGUCUAGAGAUGUGAUUAUUCAUUACUUGUAAGGUUUGUUGAUACCAUAACGUGACUAAAGCAACUAAUUAGAGAAUGACUACUUGUGGGUAAUUUAUGUGCAUUUGAA